GCUUGGCCACGCUAGGAGGAUCAGUCAUAUGCCCCGCUACUUUUAACUUCUCUUCCUCCGAUCCUCCUUCUCUUGCGCCUUUCCUACAUCUAACGUAGCCAUGUUACUCCAGGCCUGGCUGUUGUUGGUGCUAUACGCGUCGUUCACCUACAGCAAGGUGAUUCCUGUGAGCCCUGUCAACGAACGCUGUGUGACGGCAGUGUACACAGCGUGUGGGUAUUUUCCAUUUGCCACACCCCCCGAAGUCGCGCGAGGAUUCUGGGGAUCGCGGUGUCAAAAUCCAUGGACGGUUACCUCCAUUUACGCUGCUGCUGAUGUAUACUGCGAUUCAUCUGAGCGAACGGCAGGUUUCGCCCAGCUCCAAUCCUCUUGUCUACAGUUUGGCCAUGUUGAUUUAAUACCACGAGACGCACUGGCCGCCAAUUUGACCAAGGAUGCUAUCAAUCGAAUGAGAAUAGUUGACUAUGAGGAAAUUCCUCGGUCGGAGCCAGUUAACUACCCGGUUCUUCUCUCGGCAUCGUUUUAUCAGCGUACAUUCCGAACAAUCGAUACUUGGGAAUUUGAAGUCUGGACCCAUUCUGCCUAUGGCCUUGCCGGAUAUAUCUUCUGGGCAGUCAUUCUCUCAGUUGGAGUCCUCCACCGAUUAGUUCAACAUAUACUACUGUCGAAGCGUAUUCGCGCAAAUGCCACUCGAACCCCACUCUCGCGUGUUCUAUGUACACCCUUUGCCACUAUAUACCACUGGCUACAAACCUAUAUCAUUACUGCCAGUCCAGUACCAUCAGGCGGUCGAUAUCUACUUUGGUGGACAUUUCCCACUCGUGUCGAAGCAAUAAUUGUUGUUCUUUUUUGGAUACUCAGCUCGGUCCUGUCCUCUGUGAGCUACCGUCUCUUUCCCGACAAUAUAUAUUGGCCCCGAAUCUCUGCCCAGCUUUUGCGCUACAUCGCCGAUCGCACCGGCAUUCUUUCAUUCGCCAAUAUUCCUCUCAUCUGGCUUUUCGCAGGUCGUAAUAAUGUCUUCAUCUGGGCGACAGGCUGGAGCUUCGCCACUUUCAACCUGUUUCACCGCCAUAUUGCCUGGAUCGCAACCAUCCAGGCGGUGGUUCACACGUUGCUCUAUUUGGUUUUAAUUAUUCAGAACGGUAAUGCGUGGAAGAAGUUUCACAAGCCGUACCUUAUCUGGGGAACAAUGGGCAUGGUUGUAAUGAUUUUACUGUCACCCUUCGCCAUUGAAUGGUUCCGCCGAAGGACAUACGAAACGUUCCUCAUUUUACACAUUCUUUUCUCGGUCGCAACGUUGGUCGGUUGCUUCUACCAUACUAUCAUCUUUGAAGACCAUGAGUAUUGGAUAUGGUUAUGGCCUGCUGUCGGCCUCUGGGCAGCGGACAGACUGCUACGCGUAAUCCGACUAGUCUACUAUAACCUCCAUGUUCGCACCAAUGUUGGAAAAAGCAUCCAAUACACGCGCAGCUCAGCCACCUAUGACGAGGCCUCCGAUGUCAUUCGACUAGAAGUUAUCCCCGGUUCCAGUCGACUCCAGCCCACGCCCGGGCAAUACUAUUAUCUGUACCAGCCAUUCCGGCUUACAGGUUGGGAAAACCAUCCGUUUACUCUAGGGUCAUGGUCGUACGAGACAGGGCUUCCUACGUCCGAAACACAACUGUCUUCACUUGCGAAGGACGACAACACCGUAGAUGUGACGAAGGUCCCCCUACUCUCCGAUAGCUCGUCCGGCUCACGAACUCCCCCAGAAGAUGUACCUUCAGUCAAUGAGCCCCAGAGGUUGCGACUAGUCUUCUGGAUCAGACCCUUUGACGGCUGGACGCGCCAUCUCCGCCAACAAUGCGUACAAUCUCACGGUCGGACUUUGGAUACAACGAUCCUUUUAGAAGGCCCCUAUGGCGAGCAGUUCCCCCUAUGGAAGUACGAAUCAAUCCUAUUGAUCGCAGGCGGAACAGGAAUCGCCGCAGCGGUACCGUAUAUCCAAGACCAUCUCGCCAGGUGUAGCAGCACAGAUGAAGCGGAGAAUCCGACGCGCGUCCAAAAUAUUCACCUGGUCUGGACGAGUCGCCAGGAGGCGUUCAUACGAGAAGUUGCCGCUCGAGAGCUGAGUUCAGCCCUUGCUCAAGAUGAUUUCCGGGCGUCGUUUUACGUGACCUCAGCCACUGCGGUGGAGGACUCGGACGAAUGCUCAACACUACGCGAAGAGCUCUCGGGGAAGGCUAUCGAGGUUGGUCAUGGGCGACCCGAUCUGCAGGCCCUUGUUCUGAACCACGCUCAUGAAGCGCAGCUCAGUGAUUGCUCGGCUGCUGUGUUGAUGUGCGGUCCACCUGCAAUGGCUGAUGAAGUUAGAACUGCGGUGUACCGAACCAUGCGACAAGGUUAUCAAGGGGUCCGGUACAUUGAGGAGUCUUUCAGCUGGUGACGUAUUAUCUGUUUUAAAACGCACUUCGGGUCGAUGUGGCAUAUGUCAUACAUAUUUCAUUGUUCAUUUUGUUCUUUUACUGGCGUUGUGGUUGAGAUAUUGCAG